CAUCGCUCUUUGUGUCCUUUUCGUUGGUGCCUAUUGUGUACCUGUACUUGAUGAACAACUCAAUAGUGAUUGGGCUUUAUUCAAACGUGUUUAUGGAAAACAAUACAACUCUGUCGAAGAGGAAGCUAAUCGCCGAAGCAUUUGGGAAGCUAACCUCGCUAAAAUCCAUAAACACAAUCUUGAAGCUGACUUAGACAUGCACACAUACACCUUAGGAAUGAAUCGAUUCGGUGAUAUGACUCAUGAAGAAUUCAAAAAACAAAUGAAUGGAUUCAAAAUGUCAGCUAGAACUGAUAGAACUGAAUUCGAUCAUCAUACAUUCUUAGCUCCAUCAAAUGUUGUCCUUCCAGAUUCUGUUGAUUGGCGUAAACAAGGUUAUGUCACACCAGUUAAAGAUCAAGGACAAUGUGGAUCAUGUUGGGCUUUCUCAGCUACUGGUUCACUUGAAGGUCAACACUUUGCUCAAGCCAAAAAACUUGUUUCACUUUCUGAACAAAACUUGGUUGAUUGCUCAGGCAAAUUCGGUAAUCUUGGAUGUGAUGGUGGUUUAAUGGAUCAAGCUUUUCAAUAUAUCAAAGCUAACAAAGGUAUUGAUACUGAAGAAAGUUAUCCAUAUGAAGCUCGUGAUGGUAAAUGUCGAUUCAAAAAACAAGAUGUUGGUGCCACUGAUACUGGAUUUGUUGAUAUCAAAUCAAUGAAUGAAACUGAUCUUCAAACUGCUAUUGCUACUAUUGGUCCAGUUUCAGUUGCUAUUGAUGCUUCACAAGACUCAUUUCAAUUCUACAAAUCAGGUGUUUACAAUGAACCAGAUUGCUCAUCAACAGAACUUGAUCAUGGUGUUUUAGCUGUUGGUUAUGAUGCAGCUAGUUCAAAACAAUACUACAUUGUUAAAAACUCAUGGGGAACAUCAUGGGGUCAAAAAGGUUACAUUUGGAUGAGUCGAAACAAGAAAAAUCAAUGUGGUAUUGCAACAAUGGCUAG